GUAAUGGAAGGAAGAGACGGUGACUUUCGGCCGCCGGUGGAAUCCAAUGACAAGAGAGAAUUUUUUAUGAGUUCUGGGAAUUAAAAAAAGUAAAAUAAUUCAUAGACACAAAAGAGACGCCAACACUCAUCACGCCAGAAUUUCUUCUUCUUCUUCUUCUUCUUCUUCUUCUUCUUCUUCUGUCUCUCGUUCUCCUCGUUCGACCAGUCUGUUCUUAUUUGCAGGAACAUUCCAAAACCUUUUCUGCGUUCGAUCCGGUUUCGGGGUUGAGACUUGAGAUGCAUCUCUCUCUUUGAAAUUGCAGUUAUUGGAGGAGUUCCUUUUCUUCUUGAAGCUCUGAAGAAAGGAAACGGAAAGAUGCUUUGCAGAGUCAUCUCCCGGAAGAGAAAAACGGGAUCCGUCCCUGUGUAUCUCAAUGUCUAUGAUCUCACCCCGAUUAAUGGCUACGCCUACUGGCUCGGCCUCGGCGUUUAUCAUUCCGGUGUUCAAGUACAUGGCGUCGAAUAUGCCUUCGGCGCGCACGAUUUCCCAACAACGGGGAUAUUCGAAGGCGAGCCGAAACAAUGCCCCGGUUUCACGUUCAGGAAGUCCAUCUUGAUAGGAAGAACGGAUUUAGGUCCCAGAGAAGUCCGAGCGUUCAUGGAAAAGCUGGCAGAGGAAUACACAGGCAACACCUACAAUCUCAUCACCAAGAACUGUAACCAUUUCUGCAACGACGCCUGCCUCAGACUCACUGGUAAACCGAUCCCUCGCUGGGUCAACCGACUCGCCAGACUCGGUUUAUUCUGUAACUGUGUUCUACCGGCGGACUUGAAUGCGGUCAAAGUCCGGAAUCAGAGGUCGGAGAGUAACAGGGGUUACGAGGGGGAUAAGAAGAAGCUGAGGAGCCAUUCAAGCAGGUUUGCUUCUGCUACAUCUUCCUCAAAUUCCGUAACGUCUACAUCUUCAUCAACGUCUGCUUCUGCGAAGAGUAGUAGUAGACAUAAACGUUCUACUCCUCCUCCACUCGAGUCCUUGCUUUACCGACCUUGAAGGAAGCUGUAAUGGCGGCCGUGCUUGAAAACUAGUUCUUUUUUUUUUUUUUCUAGUUUCUUAUCAGAAAUUUGCAACAUAAAAAAAAGAGAAAAAAAGGUGGAAAAAGAAGAUGAAAUUUGUUUUGAUGGGGGGGUUCUUUUUCUUCUUAUUAACGCUAACAAAAGUGGUUGCUGCGGAGGAAAGUGUUGCAGCAUUUCCGAUUUUCGCUCUGUAAAUGCUUUCUUUCGGGAGAAAGCGUUUAGUUUUAAGGUUUACUGAAACGCUGUUUAUAGAAGCAAUGGCACAGAUUUGUUGGUGUAUAGUUGUGAUUAAUUAUAAUUAAUUAAUGCUUGAUGGA